CACCGUGUGCAUUUCUAUGACCUACGCUGUUCCCUACGAUACGUACUGCAGUGGAGUAAACGAAGUCUUUUCAACCUGUGGAUCAGCUUGUCCACAAACCUGCGACAACUAUCGGUUGGGUUCGUUAGGAUGUGGUCGGCCCUGCCAGCGAGGAUGCUUCUGCCGUACGGGUUAUGUCCGCAAUUCGGUGGGAGUUUGCGUGGAACCUAUCCAGUGCACCAGACGAACGGUUCGUGUUCAGCAGUCCAGCGUAGGAUAUUACCCGGGCAACUACUACGGGUACGGAUAUGGACUAGGAUAUGCUCCCGAUAAUCUUCUGCGAUCGGCUAUAUAUUAGACACCAUUUGUGGAUUAUGCUAAAACUUAUGGCAAUGAAUGGAAA